AUGUGCCCCAUUGGGGAAGACCACCCGGGGCACGACUACCAAGAGGUCAACGAGCUUGGGCUGCACAACAGUCGUGGUCCGAAUAUGAUGAUCGGUUCGAAGAGCUCGAAACCGACGAUGAUGGUUUACACGGCGUUCAACUUGACCAACGAUUUGGGUGGCGGCGAUGCCACCCGCAGACGGCGUUCUGGAAAAUACGACGAUGAUGAUAAUUAUUCCGACGAGGACGAAUACAAUGGCUCCAGAGGACUGGUCCGGCGAGGUCAGAUGCAGGUCAUGCUUCGAAGUAAGGAGGACGAUUUGGUCGAGAGAGCCCUUGAGAGGAUCAGGCGUGCUCGGGCUCUCGGUAAGACCAACGUCAAGCUGACCCAAGCGGAGAUUGAUGCUUUGGAACGAUCAGAUCUCGGCCCGAAUCCUCCGCGAAUGCCACCCAUGCCGCUUAUUGCUCCUAAACCUCAAGCACAGCCCAAAAGCAAGAAGGCUGUUCCUGUCAAACAGAAGGCGAUCGAGGCCAAGAAGAAAGGGACCAAGUCUUCCAGCAACUCGCCCAAGCCAAAGCCUAAGGGUUCUCGAUCACGUGGACAGAGCGCUGCCUCUGACCGAUCAAGAAGCAGUGCUCAAGACGAGGCUUUGAUUCCUUACCCUAUUACUCCUGACGAUGUUCCGCAACGUCCAGGCUACUUCGGACGACAAGCGCCCAACGCUCUCCAGCAAGAAGCUCGCGGCCAGUAUCCCCCGGCGAUGCAACAAGGUCCUUAUUCCUACUAUGCCCAUCAUUACUCUCAUCCCGAUGUCCUCUAUGGCAAUCGUCCUCUAUCCGCUUCCUCUCGAGGGCGACCGGAUCCUGCCGAAGACCAGGACUGGCAGCCUCGAGCACGUUCUACAUCCAGUCUAGUCAACUACCCGAUCGAUCAGCUGCCACAACAAGCUGUAGCAGGAACCCGCCGUGCUCCUCGCUUCGACCCCUCAGAUCCACGAUAUGCAUCACCGCCAAGUCGCCGUGUGGUCUCUGGCCCAGCACAAACUAUGGCCAGAAGACAACAGGACGAGAUGUUCCUUCUGCAAGGUCAACCGGAUGUCAGGCAGUAUCAAGUGGAUUCUGGCAGCAAUGACGAUCCCAUCAGCAUCUCUUCCGAAGAUGACGAAGAGGAAGAGGACUCGGAUGAGAGCAGUCAGGGCGUGCAGGUCAACGUUGAGGAGCGUGGUGCUGGUAGCUAUGCAAUACAGACGAGGUCCGGCACCAGAGCAAACGGCGGUGGUAGCGGGAGCAGUAGUAAAGCUGUUGCUAAGCGGCGACGGUGA